AUGGCAAGAAUCAAGACUACUGGCCGAAUAACCAACUCAGACGACUCUUAUACACAUUAUGACCUUCCUGAUCACAGAUCGGGUACCCCAAGUACACCUGGCGACUCAAUCUUACGUGACUCUGGGGAGUCGUCUCCUGAGAAGGAUGCGGUCCCUGCUGGACCCUCUCAAACCCAAAACAAAACUGAGGAGUCGCCUUCUGAAACAGAGGCGGCACCAACCGAACCUUUGCAACCCAAUGACUCGUCGGACUCUAGCGACGAGUCGGACGCCACUAGCGAGAGCCAGAACUCUCUCGACUCUGAAGAGAUGUAUUCUAGGAUUCACACAGCUAGAGAGUCUUUAACUAAAGCAAUGGAGAAGGUCUCUGCUUCGAAAAAGGCGGAAUCACAGUACCGCUUGGCGGUUUUGGGCAAACGCCCAACUAAGGAGUCGCCAGCCAACAAGCCGGCUGGGGCGGCUGCGAAUCAGCAAGUCAAGGAUGAUCUGGAGGCGGCCAAAGAGAAAAUAAAGGAGCUCAAGCUCAAAGUCUCUAAGAACCAGGGGAAGGCCGACGCCCAUGACAAGGCUGUGAAGGCGGCGGAGGACCCGAAAACCAGCAAUGCCCGCCUGAAGCAGCGCCUGGCCAACCAGGAAAAGCAACUGGCCCAAAAAUAUAAGUCGAGGUUCGAAGAGGAGAAAAGGGCCCUGGUCGCUGACAUGAUGGAGGAUUGUAGCGCCAUUAUGAAAAUGACCCGGGACUGCCUCUAUCCAAACGCCGACUAUUCAACAUGGGGGAACCAGUUUGCCGCUUGCACUCAAGAGCAUGACGAGGCGGUCAUGGGGGGAGGCGACGGUCAGGAAGGGUCCGAGUCUUCUUCUUCUUCUGAAGAGGAAGUGGCGGUUGUUGGGGCUGAAGGGGAGUCUUCAAAAAAGGCGCCUGAACAGGAGACUGUUCAGAGCAAUCAAGUGUCCCCUCCCCAGCAAGAGAAGGCGGCUGCUGAAGGCGAGGUCCCUCCCACUGUUUAA